CUAAUCAUGGGAACGCAGUAAACGAGGUCACGUGGUCAUUAGUCACGUGUUACCAGCUAGUCACUUGGUACCACCAUGCUCCCAACAGAGAGCUCCUUCUCCCCCGGUAUAAGAGGGUACGAGGUGGCAGCCCUGGUGAUCUGCCUCUUAAUUGUAGCUGCUAUAUUCAUGUGUUACUUCACCUGGACAUUCAGAUACAAAAUUGUUCUCAGAACGACAAUAAAAGAGACGACAGUAGUACAGAACUUAGUGGCACUAACCCUCCAAGAAGCAGUAGGAGAUCAGUAUUACAACAGUACUAACGGCCCCCUCAGGAAGGGGCCUCGUCCCCGUAACUCAGCCAGUCAGACUAUUACAGACCCGCCCCUUACUAACGGGGACUCAGACAAGAAACAGUCAGACUGGGAGCCAGAUCAGAACAGAGGGGCAAACAAGGGGGAUUUAGUGGAUAGAGUUUCACUAAGCUCAGCACCUAAGCGUACCUGCACACAUCACAAACAGAGACGUCGCUCUAACAUGGUCAAAUCAGCGGUGAAACUCAGCUCCGGACAAACCAUCCCUCGUAGAGUCGACCACAACAAACUCAGUGUUAUACACGACCCCCACCCACUUGGAGACAGUAGAAAGGGGCGAGUAGAGGACAGGGGAGUAGAUGACAGGGGAGUAGAGGACAGGGGAGUAGAGGACAGGGGAGUAGAGGACAGGGGAGUAGAGGACAGGGGAGUAGAGGACAGGGGAGUAGAGGACAGGGGAGCAGAGGACAGAGGAGUAGAGGACAGGGGAGUAGAGAACAGGGGAGUAGAGGACAGGGGAGUGUACGAGGUGGAGAUGCUACCAGGCGAUACUGAGGAUCAUUACCAGAAACUUAUCAGUAAAAAAGAGGAGGAGAGCGAAAGUAUUGCGGAGGUUAGUACUAUAUCAGAGGUAGUUGUGACGUUAGGAAGUUAG